CCGCCGCGCCGCCAUGUUGUCGGAGUGAGCGGCCGGGGAGAGGCAGCGGCGAGCGGCCGGGGGGGGCCCGGCAUCCGUCUGCAUCCGAGCGCUCCGCCCGUGUUGGUGGAAUGAGCGUAGCGUGCGUGUUGAAGAGAAAAGCAGUUCUGUGGCAGGACUCGUUCAGCCCCCACCUGAAGCAGCACGCCCAAGACACAGCCAACCCCACCAUGCCUGUGGUACUGACAUCUGGCACAGGCUCGCAGGCUCAGCCACAGCCAGCUGCAAACCAGGCCCUUGCAGCAGGGACACACUCCAGCCCCGUGCCCGGCUCCAUAGGAGUGGCGGGGCGCUCCCAGGACGACGCCAUGGUGGAUUAUUUCUUCCAGAGGCAGCACGGGGAGCAGCUCGGGGGAGGAGGCAGCGGCGGCGGCGGCUACAACAACAGCAAACACCGCUGGCCCACCGGGGACAACAUCCAUGCAGAGCAUCAGGUGCGUUCCAUGGAUGAGCUGAAUCACGACUUCCAAGCGCUGGCUCUGGAGGGACGGGCUAUGGGAGAGCAGCUGUUGCCGGGUAAAAAGUUUUGGGAAUCUGAUGAUUCCAGCAAAGAUGGACCAAAAGGGAUAUUUCUGGGAGAUCAGUGGAGAGACAGUGCUUGGGGAACAUCAGAUCACUCAGUUUCCCAGCCAAUUAUGGUGCAGAGAAGACCUGGGCAGGGCUUCCAUGUGAACAGUGAAGUGAACUCUGUGCUGUCCCCGCGCUCGGAGAGCGGAGGGCUGGGGGUCAGCAUGGUGGAGUAUGUGCUGAGCUCAUCUCCUGGAGACUCCUGCCUAAGGAAAGGAGCGUUUGGGCCAAGGGAUGCAGAGAGUGAUGAGAAUGACAAAGGGGAUAAGAAAAGCAAGGGCACGUUUGAUGGAGAUAAAUUGGGAGAUCUGAAGGAGGAGGGGGAUGUGAUGGAUAAAUCCAAUGGUUUGCCUGUCCAGAACGGCAUCGACGCCGACGUCAAAGACUUCAGCCGCACACCCGGGAACUGCCAGAACUCAGCGAGCGAGGUGGAUCUGCUGGGCCCCAACCAGAACGGCUCCGAGGGCCUGGCCCAGCUGGCCAGCACCAACGGGGCCAAGCCCGUGGAGGAUUUCUCCAACAUGGAAUCCCAGAGCGUGCCCCUGGAUGCCAUGGAGCACGUGGGCAUGGAGCCGCUGCAGUUCGACUACUCCGGCACGCAGGUCCCCGUGGACUCGGCCGCCGCCACCGUGGGGCUCUUUGACUACAACUCCCAGCAGCAGCUGUUCCAGAGGCCCAAUGCACUGGCAGUGCAGCAGCUGACAGCAGCCCAGCAGCAGCAGUACGCCCUGGCUGCUGCCCACCAGCCACACAUAGGAAUGUUUUCAGCAGGUUUAGCUCCUGCUGCCUUCGUUCCCAACCCGUACAUCAUCAGCGCGGCGCCUCCGGGGACGGAUCCGUACGCGGCCGGGCUGGCGGCGGCUGCCACGUUAGGUCCAGCUGUGGUGCCUCACCAGUACUAUGGAGUCACUCCCUGGGGAGUUUAUCCUGCCAGCCUCUUCCAGCAGCAGGCGGCCGCCGCCGCCGCCGCCACCAACUCGGCCAGCCAGCAGAGCACGCAGCAAACGCAGCAGGGCCAGCAGCAGGUGCUCCGUGGAGGGGCCAGCCAGCGUCCCCUGACUCCCAACCAGAACCAGCAGGGCCAGCAGACGGAUCCUCUGGUGGCCGCCGCCGCCGUCAACUCCGCGCUCGCCUUCGGCCAGGGGCUGGCAGCAGGAAUGCCAGGUUACCCAGUGCUGGCUCCUGCUGCUUAUUAUGACCAAACAGGAGCCCUCGUGGUCAAUGCCGGGGCCAGGAACGGCCUGGGGGCUCCCGUGCGCCUGGUGGCCCCUGCCCCUGUCAUCAUCAGCUCCUCUGCAGCCCAGGCAGCCGUGGCGGCGGCCGCGGCGUCGGCCAACGGAGCGGCCGGGGGGCUGGCAGGGACCACCAACGGCCCCUUCCGGCCCCUGGGCACGCAGCAGCCGCAGCCCCAGCCCCAGCAGCAGCCCACCAACAACCUGGCCUCCAGCUCCUUCUACGGCAACAACUCCCUGAGCAGCAACUCGCAGAGCAGCUCGCUGUUCUCGCAGGGCUCGGCCCAGCCCGCCAACACCUCGCUGGGCUUCGGCAGCAGCAGCUCCCUGGGGGCCACGCUGGGCUCGGCCCUGGGCGGCUUCGGCACCGCAGUGGCCAACUCCACCACGGGCAGCGGUUCCCGCCGUGACUCGCUGACGGGCAGCAGCGAGCUGUACAAGAGGACCUCGAGCAGCCUGACCCCCAUCGGGCACAGCUUCUACAACGGCCUGGGCUUCUCCUCGUCCCCCGGGCCCGUGGGCAUGCCCCUGCCCAGCCAGGGCCCCGGGCACUCGCAGACUCCUCCUCCCUCCCUGUCCUCACACGGAUCCUCCUCCAGCCUCAACCUGGGGGGGCUGACGAACGGCAGUGGCCGUUACAUCUCGGCGGCGCCGGGGGCGGAGGCCAAGUACCGCAGCGCGAGCAGCGCCUCCAGCCUGUUCAGCCCCAGCAGCACGCUGUUCCCGUCCUCGCGCCUGCGCUACGGCAUGUCCGACGUCAUGCCCUCGGGCCGCAGCCGCCUGCUCGAGGACUUCCGCAACAACCGCUACCCCAACCUGCAGCUGCGCGAGAUCGCCGGCCACAUCAUGGAGUUCUCCCAGGACCAGCACGGAUCCAGAUUUAUUCAGCUGAAACUGGAGCGUGCCACCCCAGCAGAGCGUCAGCUGGUGUUCAACGAGAUCCUGCAGGCAGCCUAUCAGCUCAUGGUGGAUGUGUUUGGGAAUUACGUCAUUCAGAAGUUCUUCGAGUUUGGCAGCCUGGAGCAGAAGCUGGCGCUGGCAGAGCGCAUCCGUGGGCACGUGCUGUCCCUGGCCCUGCAGAUGUACGGCUGCAGAGUGAUCCAGAAGGCCCUGGAGUUCAUCCCCCCAGACCAGCAGAACGAGAUGGUUCGGGAGCUGGACGGGCACGUGCUCAAGUGCGUCAAGGACCAGAACGGGAACCACGUGGUGCAGAAGUGCAUCGAGUGUGUGCAGCCCCAGUCCCUGCAGUUCAUCAUUGAUGCCUUCAAGGGACAGGUGUUUGCUCUGUCCACGCACCCCUACGGCUGCCGGGUGAUCCAGCGGAUCCUGGAGCACUGCCUGCCCGAGCAGACCCUGCCCAUCCUGGAGGAGCUCCACCAGCACACGGAGCAGCUGGUGCAGGAUCAGUAUGGGAAUUACGUUAUCCAGCACGUCCUGGAGCACGGCCGGCCCGAGGACAAGAGCAAGAUCGUAGCAGAAAUCAGAGGCAACGUGCUUGUGUUGAGUCAACAUAAAUUUGCCAGCAAUGUGGUGGAGAAGUGUGUGACGCACGCGUCGCGCACGGAGCGCGCCAUGCUCAUCGACGAGGUGUGCACCAUGAACGACGGCCCCCACAGUGCCUUAUACACCAUGAUGAAGGAUCAGUACGCCAACUACGUGGUGCAGAAGAUGAUCGACGUGGCAGAGCCGGCCCAGAGGAAGAUUGUCAUGCACAAGAUCCGGCCCCACAUCGCCACGCUGCGCAAGUACACCUACGGCAAGCACAUCCUGGCCAAGCUGGAGAAAUACUACAUGAAAAAUGGGGUGGAUUUGGGGCCCAUCUGUGGCCCCCCCAACGGCAUCAUCUGAGCAGGGGCUGCUCCAGAGGCACUCCAGGAUCCCAGGAAUCCACCAGGAAUCCAG